UGCAUUUUUUGUUUUUAUUUUAAACAAACCUUAUUUUCCCGUAUACCAUUCACUCACAGUUGCUGAUGGAUGUAGCCUACAUAGCAGCUCCACAGAUGACUGCUCAGCAAUGAAUGGAUGGAGGCUGACGACAGCAGAGCGGGCGGCGUGAAGGGUUGCCAUGGUUUCAGCGUGCAAUUAUUCGCAUGUGCUUUCAUUCUUUACAGAUAUGAUUACAUUUGACGACAUGUUCGCUCAUCAAAAUUUAGCGACCGUCGGGAACUUAGACGACGAAGAAAGAAGAGCACCUGGAAGAACAUUCCACAUGUUCUUAUUUAGUCGAAAUGAUCUAUGAUUUUUCUAUGGAAAGCACGAAGGAUGAAAUCAGCUGGAAGUCGCAUGGAGUGGCUUGCAGCGCACCUGCUGCACCUACUAGUACCUGGCGGGUCCAGAGCAAGUUUAGGACAGAUCUCACACCACCACCUGAAGGUACAUCUUGGUCAGCAGAGUGUCAUAAGGACGUCUACAUUACUCAGUUAGUACAGCGGCUGGAAAGUCUGCACAUGUCUGCGAUAGUGAACACACAACAGGUAUCUUUGGAAAGCAUUUCUAAUGGCUGUACGGCACAGGAACCGACCACCUGUUGCAGCCCAACGAAAUCAUCCCAAGUCUCAAAGCAACAUCAUAAAACCCAGUUAAGGAUGCUGUCACACAGAUGGCAGAGGCUUGGUCUUCAGCCUCCAAUCCUCUGGGACACACAAGAACACAUUUCUCAACAUAAACCUGAUUUAGAAACCAGACCAGAACUGGAAAUCCACCCCAUACAGCUCAGCUGCAUUGUUUCUCCAAGGAACGAACGACCAGAUGAGAUCAAGACAAUCAGUAAUUCCCUUUGUAGCAGAUCCAAUAAUGAACCUCUUGAAGGAAAUGCAACUGAAGCAUCCAUAGCAGUCGAAUCUGAAAACAGUGACCUCUCUGACCAAGAGAAAUACAAUAAACCUAUAUUAAAAUGGGAAACUGCUGUAGAAUUGGAGCUGAGGCCGGACUUAUUUGAUAGAGAUCCAGAACCUACAGUGACUGGAGAAGGAGAGCAAGUGUAUCCUGAAGUUCUUCCAUUUCCACUAAAAGAUCUCGACUUUAGUCAAUUCCAGUCCACAGCAGAUGAUUUGGAGAACCAGCACAACUUGUGUUACACUGAUCCUUGUGUCACAGCUAUGGCUGCACGCAUGCUAAAACUGGAGAAACUUCAGACUGCGACUAUACAGAAAGAACAAGGGAAAGCGCUGAGAUCUCGUCCAACAACUGCUUUAGUUCGAAGCGCCAACCGUCUGAGACGUGUGGAAAGCCCUUGUUCUCAGGUAGAACACUUGAGGACUAAAGGCAAUAAUUCAGUUUUAGAAGAUGUAACAAAACUCGCCCUUUCUUCAAGCUCUCAUUCAAAGUCUACACAUCAUAAUCGCCCCUCGCCAAAUGCUGGAAAGAUGUGGAUUGGUUUUCAGCAACCGCCGGCUUUACCUAAGAAACUACACUCGGGUGUGGUAAAAUUAAAGAAGACUGAUGCCCUUGUUCAAGAUCUUGUUGUUCGUUCGAGCAUGCCACAAAAGUGCAGUAGUGCAAAUAGCUCGAAGAGAUGCAAACCCUCAAAGAAAGCCAUGCCAAAGUCUCAGAAGACUUCUGAAAAGACUAAUGUUCCUGCUAAAGCUCUUUGCAGGAAAACAUGAUAUAAUUAUUUUUAAGGGUUUUAAGCUUUAAGAUUGACAGUGUGUAAUUACCUGUGUGCAUGUUACUGUAUUUAAUCUUCCAAAUUCAAUACAAGUUGUGUUCCAUCAACAACAUUUGUGGCAUGCUGUCAGUUACCACAGAAAAAUAACUUUAGUUUUGGGAAAAAAAAACAUCUUACACAGUAACCCAAAACAUUUCUUUAGUAGCUCUUUUUUUUUUUUGUGGGCUUUGGGCUGCUUUUUACUGAUACAGACAAGUGAUAAGGAACUUGCGCUAACCACGUGCAGCAAAACUAACUGGAAUGCAGUGUUAUAAACACUUCUACAUAAAAUGAAACCAGACUACAAGUCAUUGUAAAAUUCACCAUUUAUUUAUAUUCUUAUGCAGUACUGGCUGAUCUGAUACAAAAUGAACAUAUUGUUAUGCUAUGUACAGAUGUUGGUAAUUUCCCCCUUGAGUGGAUAAGAAGAUGAGCUCUUGAAAGGCACUUCAAUAAUAGAGUAGGACAGCAGCUGGCCAUCAGGAUCUCUCACACUUGGAAUCACACGUGGCCAUGACAGUAGGGAAAAUUUUAACACUUACCCUGAAAACAGAAUUGAAAAUGGUUAGUUGUGGUUCAAGAACGGGUACUUUUGUGGGCGACAUGCAAACAUGUAUUUUUUAAUAAGGAAAAGCAUUACCUUUUGGUUAAUAACUCUGGAAUGUGUAAUACCAGAUUGUAACAAUUUUUAUGUACGUUGAGUCAAUUUAUUUUAUUUUGAAUACCUGCAUUGUAUGUGUGUUUGUGUGUGUAUAUAUAUAUAUAUAUAUAGUAACACUAUAUAGUGUUUGAAUUAGAAGUAUGAAUUGCUUAUACAUUGCAAAUUUAGGUGGCAUUUAUUGGGUUUAGGCAAAAAUUCUGUUAUACUGUACAAAUAAAUUUGGAUUUUACUAAAUUAUAAAAAAAAACAAAAAAACAAAAUCAAAACCAGAAUCAGUAACUGUCAAAUUCUAUCAUAGGCUAAAUGAGGAAC